AUGGCCAUCGUCAGAUUCGUUGAACUAUCGGUGCAUUUUCCAAUAAACUCUCCCUUUUAGUAUCAAAGCAGCAGAGUAGACAAUGCGGGUCUUUACGGGGGUGUCCCGCCGGUAGAGGGCUCGUUCCCGGCGGUGAUUGGCGGCUGUGUGUGCGGGCUGCAGCAGAUGGGAGCCUCGGUGUGUGUUCGGGGGAAAAGGCGGAAGACUGCGUAUCAACACGGACAACCAGAGAUGCUACCAAGCUACAGCCGCUAACCAGCUCACUAUUUGUGUCCCAGGAUACAGCAGGAUUUAAGGACAGCAGAGGAAACUUUUCGACUGGUAGCGUCCUUCUUUAUGGAGCCACGACGGGACGACUUGAACUGAGACAUUUUCGAUACUCAGCUAGACGCGGCGCUAACCGAACCUCAGGAUGUCGAGCAGGAGGAAAUCCACCACUCCCUGCAUGGUUCCUCCCCGAGAGACCGUGGACUCGGAUCAGGAGAUGGAGGACGUGACGGAGGCGGCCGAGUCGGAGGAUGCUAACGGCGUGGCGACCGUCUCCUCGGAGGCUUGCGGCAUGUCGGAGGACUGCGGUGAGGAGGCGGACGUCCGGCAGGUGUCAGACCACUACAUGGACUUGAACAUGGCUGAAGGAGGCUACGAGUGCAAAUACUGCAGCUUCCAGACGUCUGAGCUCAACCUGUUCACCAUGCACGUGGACACGGAGCAUCCCGACGUCGUCAUCAACACCUCCUACGUCUGCGUGGAGUGUGACUACCACACCAAGAGUUAUGACACGCUGCUGGCCCACAACGCUCGCCUCCACCCGGGCGAGGACAACUUCACCCGAACAAUGGUGAAGCGCAACAACGAGACCAUCUUCCAGCAGACGGUCAACGACCUCACCUUCGACGGCAGCUUCAUCAAGGUGGAGGACGUGGAGGCGGAGGAGACGUCCCGUAAAGGCAUCGCCCUCAGCAAGACGCCCAUCAUGAGGAUCAAGAGCCGACCCGAACCCAAGAAGUUCGCCGCCUUGCACAAAAUGGCCGCGGACGACGUCAUCAAAGUGGAAAGCGACGACGAGGACGACGAGAACAAGGAGCCGCCCACGCUGUCGCCCGCCCCGAUGACGCCCGCCGCCGUCACCCCCCGACUCAUCCCCGUGUCCACGCCCAUGCAGGUCCAGGCCGUCCCGCAGAGCAUCGUGGUCAACAGCCCCAACAUGCUGCAGAUUAAAGGCGGCUCCGGCGGCGGCGGCGGGGCCGUGCUGCCUCCCGGGACGCUGGCUCAGGUUCUGUCGGCCCUGCAGAACCAGCAGAACAGCGCUCAGACGCAGACGCAGCUCCUCAUCCCCAUCAGCAGCAUCCCCACCUACAACACCGCCAUGGACAACAACGUCCUGCUGGUCAGCGCCUACAACAGGUUUCCGUACCCCUCGGUGUCAGAGAUCAUGGGUUUAUCAUCGCAGACCAAGUUCAGCGAGGAGCAGAUCAAGGUCUGGUUUUCUGCUCAGAGGCUGAAACACGGAGUCAGCUGGACGCCUGAAGAGGUGGAGGAGGCGAGGAGGAAGAAGUUUAACGGCACGGUUCAGACGGUUCCUCAGACCAUCACCGUCAUCCCCGCCAACCUCGCCGCCGCCACCAACGGCCUGCAGUCCAUCUUCCAGACCUGCCAGAUCGUGGGCCAGCCGGGCCUCGUCCUCACGCAGGUGUCCGGUAACGGCGGCACCGUGCCCGUCGCCUCCCCCAUCACGCUGACGGUCGCGGGCGUCCCCGGCAACCAACCCAAAGCCGCCGAACCGUCGACGUCAGAAUCAAAGACUGAAAUGUCAGCUUCGUCCUCCGGCGCGUCGCUGGGUUUGGACGGCGGGGCGACCAAACCGAAGAAGUCCAAGGAGCAGCUGGCGGAGCUGAAGGCGAGCUACGGCAGGAGGCAGUUCGCCACCGAGGCGGAGAUCUCACGGCUCAUGCAGGUCACCAAACUCUCCAAACGCGCAAUAAAGAAGUGGUUCAGCGACACGCGCUACAACCAGAGGAACUCAAAGGACCAUCACGGCGUCCUGCUGAGCGAGUCUCCAUCCAGCAGAGCGGCGUCGGCAGGAGGACGAGGAGGACGGAACAACAGCGGCAGCUUUAACGACAGCAACACCAGCAACAACAACAACGCCACAACCACGACGACCGCCGCCACAACCGCCACCGCCACCACGACCACCAUCGUCAUCGACUCCAGCGACGACGCCAGCGACUGCUCCCCGACUUCUGCCAACACGCCGGGCUCAUCGGGCUCCACAAGCGACCCUCGGGUCAAAUUCCGUCACGCCUUCCCCGACUUCACGCCGCAGAAGUUCAAGGAGAAGACUCCGGAGCAGCUGCUCAACCUGGAGGCCAGCUUCCAGAAAUCGGACACGCCCUCCGACGAGGAGCUGAGCCGGCUGCGGGCGGAGACGAAGCUGACGAGACGCGAGGUGGACGCCUGGUUCACCGAGAGGCGGAAAAUGUCCAAAGAGGGAGACGCGGAGGGAGACGGCGAGAAGGCGAAACCGACCGCUGCCGCGCCUUCGUCCUCAGCUCAGGAACGGCAGACCACUCCCCCCGCCGGCAGGAAGACGAUGAAGAAGACGCCGGAGCAGCUCCACAUCCUGAAGAAGGCCUUCGUCCGCACGCAGUGGCCGACGGGCGAGGAGUACGACCAGAUGGCGGAGGAGAGCGGCCUGCCCAGGACGUACAUCGUCAACUGGUUCGGAGACACGCGCUACGCCUGCAAGAACAGCAACCUGAAGUGGUACUACCUCUAUCAGAGCGGGAAGGUGGACGAGGCGCUGAACGGCGGAGCCAAGAAGAAACCCAGGAAGCGUUUCCGGGGUUGGUCGAGGAGGACGCGGCGGCCGUAUCCCUGUAAACGUUCUCCGCAGAGCGUCUCCGCCAUCAAGGUGAAGUCGGGGAAGUCGUUUCUGAAGGACUACUACCUCAAACAUCGAGCUCUGAGCGAGAAAGACCUCGACGACCUGGUGGCCAAGUCCAGCAUGAGCUACGAGCAGGUGAGGGACUGGUUUGCCGAGACCGCCAGGCGGGCGGAGGAGGGCAAGGAGCCCUUCAGCGAAGAGGAGGCCGAGGGAGAGGAGGAGGAGGACGAGGAGGAAGAGGAAGAAGAAGGAGAAGAGGAAGAGGAGGAGGCGGCGGCGGGAGCGGAGCACGCAGACAGCGAAGAGGAGAUGGAGGUGAAAGAACAAGGAGAGGAGGCAUCAGACGAGGACUGCAACGAUGUGGUGGAGGAGGAGGAGGAGAAGGAGGAAGAGGAGGUGGUGGUGGAGAAGGAGGACGCUGAGGAGGAAGAGGAGGACGCUGAGGAGGAGGAGGAGGAGGUGGAGAAGGAGGAGGAAGAGGACCACGAAACGAUCCAGGAAGACUCUCAAGGUGUCAGCCAAUCACAGCCUCAGGCCGAAGAGCAGACAUGAGCAGAAAGGAUUAAAGUUUCUUCUUCUUCUCUCGCUGUGAAUCACGGAGGAGGAUUCGUGUCAGUGUUUCUCAGCCCGGCGGCGGCGGCGGGGUCGGGACCUGAGGAACAGAAACCAGGAGACGACUCUGCUCGGCUCAGACUCAAGACGGACGAUGUGAUUACGGGUCGCUGGUGACCUUUGACCCCUUGAAGCAGCUGAGAAGCACUGAGACGACGGAGGAGAGGAAAAA